AUGGCGGCUGUGCAAGACCAAAACAGCGCUCUUCCAGACUUGAAGAAUUUAACCUCUUGCAACUUCGGUAAAUUGUCACAACAACAAAAUAAGGUACUGAUAAAUUUAUUUUUAUCAAUUUAUUUUUGACCUUGGCUAUAAAAAUUUUUAUUCUGCGAAUUAUUUCACUCUCUAGAUACUACAAGAUCUUGUCAGCCCGCACAUAAGGUCGUUCAACUUCAUGCUGGAAGAAGGGCUUUCUCUUGCCGUUCAGGUGCGAAACUCUCUUUCUUGGGUGUCUUUUACGGGUAUUUUUAAAAUAGAUGUACAUCUUUAAAUCGCAAUAUUUAACGCUUCUCGUUCUUUUUCUAGGCCAUACAUCCACAAGAGUUCUUGCUUGCAGAUGGACAGAGAACCACGAUAUACUUCACCGUAAGUUUUCUCAAGUUUUAAGCUUUUUGUUCCAAUGGCCUCAUUAUCAAGUGAUCGAUGAAUUGGACAACAGGUUGUUCUACUUACUGAGGAACGGAUUGCAUGAGUGCAUGCCCGGCUAACUGAUGGGCUUAAACCCCCUGACUGAUACGCUGGCUUACAAUAGUCAACUCAUUUAAUGAACGGCUUAUUGCAGCCUAUAAACCAAUUGAUGAAGUAAUUUUUUACCAACUGAUUGGCUGACUAAGUGACUGACUGACUUGACCCAUCUUAGUAAUCCCCUCUGCCAAGGUAUCAAAUUUGAUGUUUCAGGAAGCUUGAUGAAAAGACAGCACUUUGCUCUGAUGAAUAAAUUGUUCCUUUCAUUUUUAGCCAUGUAUUUUUCACUUACAACAUGAGAAAGUACUUUUGCCUGAACUUUUUGCAAGUGUAGGUCAAGAUCUAACAUUUAAAAUUGCUGUGUCCCUGUUGCACGACCAUACAACCAGUGUUGCUUUGUGUCAGUGGCAAAAAAGAACUUAUGAUUUCAGGAUGACAACAAGUUAAGGUUCAAUUGGUUCCUACAGUGAUACUGAUAUUGAUCCAAAAGAAAACAAUGCUUAAUUGGAUGCCAACUUACAUGCCUCACAGAUGAAGUUGUUCCCUUCUGAGGUGAGCCUCUUGGCAAGAAUUACAAAAAGAUAAAUAGAUACUUUAAAUUUCCCUAAUAAUCAUUCCUAUGGUGUCUCUGCAUCCACUGUUUCUCAGACAAAUGUGAUUGAAGAGGGUUGGAUUUGAUUUUAGAGAAUGUAGAUGAUGAAACAAAACUCAAAAUUAAGAGGAGAACUUACAACAAACUCAGUCAACAAAUAACAACAUGCAAUGUCAGUAGGGCAAAGGUUUUUAGCUUCUCUUACCACUGAAUCACAUCAGAGAUUGCCUCUAUUUAAGGCACUGUUAUUUUAGGUUGGAAUCAACCACAUGUUUUUUAUUAUUAUUCUUAAGUAACUGAGUUUAUUUUGCAUUCAUGUCAUAGACAGUUUUACUUUAAUUUUUGACAAUGAUUUUGUUUGAUCUUAGUGUAGAGAGCGGGGGGUUACAUACAAAGCAAAACUCCAGGUUACUCUGCAAUGGAAAAUUAACAACCAGCUGCAAGGAAGUGUUUCAAAGGUCAUUGCUAGUAUACCAAUGAUGGUCAAGGUAAGGUGUGAUCUUUUCUCCUUUAUUGCAGAAACAGCUGUUGCUGUGUAUACUCUCCUCUAAAUUUACUUGACACCAGUAUUUGUUGCCUUUUAUUGCUAUUAUUAUAAGUUCCUAUCUUCAUUGUGAUUGUAAUGAAAAAGUUGUCUUACUCCAGACUAACAAAUAUCUGGUUGUAGAAUGGAUUAAGUCAGUGGACAAUCAAAGUAAAGUUGAUAAUCAAGUUAAAUUCAAUGAUGGUAUUUUUCAUUUCAUUGUUAUUGUGGAUUAAGAGAAUCUGGUUCUCUCAGAGUUAGCCCUUAAAUGACUUUGCUAUGAUCUGCUGAAUGAGUUGGGACAGUAGCUUCCCUAGAAAGUUUACUCUCAAAAAUGUUAUUUCAGAGUCAUUAUGAUUUUAUAACCUUAACAUAAUCUUCCUGAAUGCUGAUUUUGUGGUCAUUCUUUUCAGUCUAACCACUGCUCCCUAGCAAAGCUUUCACCUCAGGAACUGGUUCAGAAACACGAGGAGGCAGAGGUAGAAUCAUGUUAGAACUAUACAAGAGGACAAAUCAGAAUAUAUUUUAACAGUUCUUAGUGUUAUGCAAACAAUCACAACACAAGUUAUUACUUCAAUAAGCCGUCAAGAACUCCAAGUAAAAACGCAAACUGCUCAAAGCACUGACAAAGACACUUUAUUUGUUGAGUGGAAGGUGGAAGGUUUCUAGACUGAUAUCAGAGCAAAGAAAAGAACAACUGAAGCAAGCUAUAAUUGCUUUCUUCAUUUAAUUGAAAAUUGAAGAUAACAUCAGAUCUGAUUUCUGUCUGUCUCUCAAGAUUUCUGUCCUAGUUUAGCACCACCUUUCCUUAGAAAAUGCUAGCCACUGUUCUUCUCUGUUUAAGUAAUGUGAUGUAGUUUUUGUCAGUAUUAGGAUUAAGCAGUAAUGUUGGACAGAGUCAGAGUUUUGUAUUCUAUUUCUGCAGGAAGCUGGAGGUUAUUUCAUAGUCAAUGGAAUUGAAAAAAUUAUAAGAAUGCUCAUCCUUCCUAGAAGAAACUUUGUAAGUUUUGCUGUUGAUGCCCGUUAACCAACAAAAUUUAUACAUCACCUGGUUUAUUCCUUGAGUGUCUGUUAACUACUUGUUGUUUCUUUGAAAACCAAUACAACAUAUCAGAGACAAUAUUAGUAGACUGCUAAUUAAAAAUUGAAUAAAACCAAAUAAAACCUAACUCAUAACAUUUUCAAUGACGUCUGUUUUUUUUAGCCAGUAGCUGUUCAAAGACCAUCAUGGAAGACAAGGGGCACCAUGUACACAGAAUAUGGCAUUCAGAUGAGAUCAGUCAGGAAGGACCAAACAGCUAUGGUAAAAAGUUUGCCAAUAUCUCUUUCCUCAUCAAUUGAAUAACAUCACCUCACUUAAUAAAGUGUUAAGUAUAAUAUCUCUCAAGAGGAAAAUCUGUGAGUUGCAAAAACACAGACAGUGCAGGGCUUCAAGUUCAACUCUUUCAAGAUCACCCUUUGGUGACUUAAAAUUCCAUUAUGGCUACCAGAAAUAAACUUUUAGCUACCACAAAAAAAGUUUUACAGUUUGCUAUGUAACCUUACCAUGCAGGUUGCCAAAUUGGCAACUUUUCUUACAGAUUUUGCAGAAAAAUAUUCUUUUACAUUUACAAUCUUACUAAUCCCUUUGGAUUCGCUUUUUUGAUGGCAAAAACUGUGAGUACAUUUGCGUGGUGUGUCACAUACAUAAUACUUGUAUGUAAUUGUUAUGGUGGAAUUAGUGUGAACUCCCCAGGAAAAAUACAUUCAAGACAAUGUGGUGGCACUAAGUGUUGGUCUAACAAAUAAGGAAACCUGCAUGUUUCCAAGGAAGAUUUCUUUAUAUACAGGGCCAAGCCCAAUUUUUAUUGUCUUUUUAAGUUGCUAACAUAUGCAGUUUUCAAAGAACUAAUCAUUGUUUUUAUGCUGGUAUUUUUUAGAAUAUGAUUCUCCAUUAUCUUUCUGAUGGAAGUAUUGUGAUAGCUAUUUCCUAUGAGAAAGAAUUGUUUUAUGUUCCACUGGUUUUCAUUCUCAAAGUGAGUGUUUAACUUAUCUGUAUGUAUCAUGUUGUUGGUUAUGCAUCUGUAGCAAAGGGAUUGAUUUAGUGAAUAGUUUUUUUCCUUUGUCUUUUUUUUCCACAUGUAAGGCCUUAGUUAAAAUAACAGAUCAACAAAUCUACCGUCAUCUGGUGGCUGGAGAAGAAGAGAACAGCUUCCUUAAAGAGUAAGUAUCUUUCUUGUACUGAGAUCUAUCUGAUCAAGCUUGGUGUCAACAUCACAAGAUAUUAGCCUUGCAAGUUUUUCUUUAAUGAGUUAAAUUCUAAACUUGUAGAGUCUCUUUAUAAUUCUACACCAGAAGUUAUCUAAAUUUGUGUUUAUCUCUUAGAAAGAAAUGUUUGUUCUCCCUCACAUUUUCUUUACUCUUUUGAAACUUAGCUGUAUAGCCACAAUGCUCAGAUCUGCCCAAUUACAGGGAGCUACUACUCAACAGGCUGUGCUCAAAUUUAUUGGUAAGAAACAACCCCAUGAAAUCCUUAGUAAGUUUCCACAUUGUGUAUCAUGAAACUUGGAAAUCUAAUAAUGAUCUCUAUGACCAUCAAUGAUGAAAGUGCUCAUAAAGAUAUUUUAGAUUGUAUUAAAAAUGAUCAAUAAAGAUAAAAUUAUAAUUCCCUCCUUGCCAGCUCUGAUAGAGAACUCCCAGUUCUGCAGCACUUACAUCUGAGCAUGGUUCGGAUUUCAUUUCACUUUUCAAAAAUACAGUUUUAGAUGCAACUUAUUGAUGAUUUGUAAAAUGAAGAAGGCAAAUUUUCACUCCAUAGGCAAGAGGGUAAGCAUCCUGGUCAUUUUUAUAUUGUAGACUUACCUCUCCCUCAGUUUGCACCUACACUCACACACACACACACACACAAAAAAAAAAACAACAACAACAACAACAACAAAGAUACUGCAGAUUUUUGCAAAGGUGAAUCUUAAUUGGGAGACUGAAGUUCUUUUGAAAAAGCUACUCUACACCCUAGCACAUUUAUUUUUUUGUUUGUCUGAUUUACAUUUGUGCAAAUAGGUGAAAGAUUCAGAGUCAAGAUGAGGUUACCAGACUGGUACUCUGAUGAAGCUGUAGCUCAAUUUGUUCUCCAGUAAGUGGUCUUUGUGGUGUUAGUGCCUUGUGUAGAGUUUGUAUGGGUAUAACAGAGACUAGAAAGUUGUAGAAAACAUCAUCAUAUUUAAACAAAAGGUGACAGGAAGUCAUUGCUUGUUAAGAUAUGACUUAAAGAACUUGAACCAUGUCGUUGUUCUUAUUAUUAUUAUGUUGUUACCAGUUGAGGUUUUCAAUGUGUCAGCUUAGAAAUAAAGUUUCUAUUUGAUGCGUGGCAAGUGAUGCAGUAGCCAGUGAUUAGUGGCAUUAUUGCAUGUAUAAUUAUUAAGCUCAAUGGAUUUUUAGCAUUAUGUCCUGUUUGGAGAGUUAUCCUACCAAUGUUAGUUACAAGGGUUUGGUGUUCUUUUUGUUGUUCAUCUACAGUAAUGGCAAGUGUCCACGAGCGAGGGCCUUUGAGGAUAAACUCAGAAAUAAUGAUCAGCAUUUGAGAAAGCUGAUGCACCUUGUAAAUACAAUUUUGGAUGGGUUAUGUAACAAAUCUGUUGUGUGCACUUAAUUUAGGCAAUUUCAUUUUACUCCUCAGAAACUGUGUUUGUGUUCACCUGAAUGCAGAUGUAGAUAAGUUUAAUUUAAUGAUGUAAGUAUGAAGGAUUUCUGUUUGAAAGAAAGUUGUUUCCCAGAUUUUCAAGUUGUGCUGAAUUGUGAACUUGCAAUGUGAUACAAUUUCUUCUUUUUGAUUCCCAUAACUCUUUGUUUUACAGUUUCAUGGCAAGGAAGCUGUAUGCAUUUGCUCUAGAAAAGUGUGCAACAGAAAGUGCAGAUAAUCCAAUGAUGCAAGAAGUACUUCUUGGUGGACAUUUGUAUCUUAUGACCUUAAAGGUAAUAUGCUGCAUGAGAACCUUUUUUUGGUUUGGAAAAAGUCUGCAAUGAAAGCAGUUUGUUAUCUACCAGGUGAUGUAAUGUAUCAAAUGAGAUCUGAAUCAUCAGUUACUCCAGUUCCUUCUCCCUUAAGUAUAAAUUGCUGCUGCAGUCUUCAAAGGUGAAGUAUACUUCAAAAAUUCUAGCAACAGAGAGCUGGAACUGUGACAAGACUCCUUGUUAUGGAAUUCAAUGUUAGUGACUGUUUUAGUUAGAUUACAGUGACUGCUAAGUAAACUUGCAAUUUUUUUUGAAUGGAUGUGGUUCUCUUCAUGCUUUGUUGUUCUGCAUUACAAUUUGAUUGCAUGGUGUUCAGCUUACCGAUUACCUUACCAUAAUAAUUUAAUUCCAGGAUCUAGAAAAGGGACUCUUAUAUUUAUUUCAUUAGUGACCACUAAUUGUAGAAAGGCAUUUUGCUGUUCCAUGCUGUAUACAGCCUACCCUUAAGUGAUGUUCAUAUUUAUGGUGCACAUUGCUUAUUAACCCUUUGACUUCUAAGAGUGACUAGCAACUAAUUUCUCCCUACAAUAUCACCCCCAAAUUACAUAUUAAGUUCAUGAGAAUUAAAGAAAUUAUCACAACUAAUGAAGCUCUUGAUUGUCAAACAAAUUCUUUUUGUCAGCACCUUAGGAAAUGUAUAGAGAACAGUAUGGAGAAUAUGCAUACUGAUGUUAGGGUGUAAUGGGUUGAUAGCUGUUUCAUGUACAAGACAGUGUAACAUUCAGUGACAAUAAAGAUAGAAUUGUAACAUGUCUGUAUCUGCAGGAAAAGCUGGAGGUCUGGCUGUAUAGUGUGCGGGCCAAUAUUGAAAAGGAUAUGACAAAGAAACAAAGUUAUAGUUUAAAUACAGGUGAGAAGUGAAUAUAGCAAUACUGCAUUAAUUCCUCAGCUCAAAAUUUAUGAAGUGUGUUAAAAAAGUCUUGAAAAAAAGUAAUGAUUAGGUACCAAAGAUGUGAAGAAAUUGUUAGAUUAGUUAUUUGUUGUUUUUUUUUAAUAAGAUUAACUAUUGUAGAAAAGGAUACUUCCUGACCUCAGAUAUGAAAAGUGUAGCGUUGGUCAUAGUUUUACUGUUUUUGUUUUGUUAUCUUCACUUUUGCUUUACAUUUUGGUUUCUGGCAGUGGACCAGGUGAAAGUUCUGUAGCAUAUAUUUCUAUAAGACUCAUCUUGCACACUGUCUUUCAUAUUUUUAUGCAGCUAGUUUACUACAGGCAAUGUCACGUAGCACUAACAUCUCACACCAAAUGGAAUAUCUCCUUGCUACUGGUAAUCUAGUGUCAAGAUCAGGCCUUGGUCUUAUGCAGGUUAGCUCUUUACCUCUUGUUUUUCCAAUAUACUUUACUUUAUUUAGUUUUUACUCUCUUCUUGUUUUUAUGUCAGUCAAGCAACCCCCGACUUCAGCCUCUUUCCCUCAUUUCCUUUUCUAUGGUUUUCUUCCAAGUUUUCUUAGGACAGCCUCUCUUUGGUAGGGAGUUCAUCAUAGAGUACUUCUGUACAGGGCUGAUGGUGUUCUUUUGGAACACAUGGCUGUUUUUAAAACAAAGAUUGCCUUAUUCAGUUUUUACCCUCUCUCUUCAGGACCUCCUUCUCUUGUUCCUUGUGCCUUAUGAACAUCCCGGCAAAUUAAAGUUCGGUUUAUUUAAUCCUGCAACAGCAUACAUUUCACAUUUUCAUAUGAUUGAUUCAUUAGAAGAUUCACGUGCAGAGACUUCAUCAUCAUGUUUGACUGUCAUUAAGGAGAGAAUUGUUUUAAAGUUUUUCAAACACUCCCAAAAGACUAAAGAUCACCAUAAAACGUUCCAAAGUUGAUCUGCAGAAUUGUGAUGGUUUCCAUGAGUCAAUGUACCUUAAUUUGUGUCAAUAAGUCUAAGGAGCAAAGUGGCUUAUUUAUGGCAAUGUCUCCUGACCUUAAUUUGUGCAACAACAUUUAUUAUAAAAACCUUGUAUUAUACUUGUUUUAGUUGUCUAUAAAUUAAAAAAUUUAAUGUCUUUUUUAUUGAUUUUGUAUACUUUUGCAUUCUUUGGUGUCCAGCAUAGCUAUACAUGAAAAUGCUGGAAAUCAAGCAUAAAAGUAAUCCUCAAUGGACAAUUGCUUUAUACUGAAGUGGAUUAGGAUGUAUAAUGGAAUCAAAUUAUUGUUUUUAUUCUCCAGACCACAGGAUUUUCCGUGGUGGCUGACCGACUCAAUUUCUACAGGUUUCUGUCCCACUUCCGGUGUGUUCACAGAGGAACUUUUUUUUCUCAGAUGAGAACAACAUCUGUGAGGAAGUUAUUACCAGAAGCUUGGGGUAUGCUCUUCUCAAUUAAAAAUCUCUCAUCUGUGUCACUUUCCAGUUUUGUGGUAAGUGUUUUUUUUUUUUUUGUUUUAUGUUGAAGGGUUUCUAUGCCCAGUACACACUCCUGAUGGGGCACCAUGUGGUCUUUUGAACCAUUUGUCGGCAUCAUGUCAGGUAAACUUUGUGAUUACCUAAAUUAUUCAAAUUUAGUUAAAACAAGAUGUGUUUGCUUUCCUCUUUUUUUUUCUUAGUAAAAUUUCCAGGACUUUUAAUGCAUCGUAUAUCUUAAAAUUAGUGGUUAACCGUUUAACUCCCAGAGGUGAUUUAGACAGAAUUUCUCCUAACAAUAUCAAUACAAUAUCAAGCAGAUGGGUGGGGAGAGAAAAGAAGAACAUCACUUACAGGGAAUUAUCAGCUGUAUCACCAAAUUCUCCAACUGACAUGAUUAGAAUUUUAUGGCAGACAGUAGGGAGAAUUACCAAGGAGAUCUUUGGAGUGAAAGGUUUAAAGACCAGCCCACAUUUUUGGAAGGGGGAGGCCUAUAGACUUAUGAAUAAGGAUAAUUGUCUUUGUUAGGAUUCUUAAGCAGCAAAUAUUUGACAACAAAACUAUGGCAUAGUUCAGUUGAAGUGUGUUGCUAGUUUUAAAACAGGUAUCCUACGUCUCACAGGUUGUGAAUGAUGUGCUACAGACUUCCCACCUUCUCAGGCUGUUAUGUUCAUUAGGCAUGAGUCUGAUUGAUGCCCCUGCACCUGCUGAUGUGAAGUCUUGUUAUGUGGUUAUCUUAGACGGCAGAGUGAUUGGUAGAGUUGAUAUGGACCUUGCACCAUCACUUGCCAACAGACUGCGCAUGUUAAAAGUACUUGGACUAGAGGAGGUACAUAGGCAAAAUAAAGGCUGAUAAGCUUUUUUUUCUUUUCUUACUCUGGAAAACAAUGUAGUGGUAGCUUGUAUUGGCAUGGAGGAAAGUUUGCAACAGGUUCCCAUGUUUCAUUAGUAACCCUGUGAACCUGUUUAACCCUGGAGACAGAAAAUACAACAAGCAAGUAUUAUUUGACCACAGAUAUCAACUCCAAUCAUGAAGUGAGGGUGACUAACAAGAAGUUUCCGCAAAAUGUGGAAAACCACACCAGAUUUUAACUGAUGCCUAGCAUGUGCCAUCAGCGGUAUAUUUUGCAGGGUGUCACCAUCUGCCAUAUCUAUCCUGUUGAGUAAAGAUUUUGAGUGCAAUGUUUCCAUCCUGUUAGAUUCCUCAGAUGCUGGAGAUAUGUCUUGUGCCCAUUACAAAAGUAGCAAGCCAAUACCCAGGCUUGUAUAUUUUCUCCACCCCAGCUCGAAUGAUGAGGCCUGUAUUUAACCUGGCUGCAAACAAAGUGGAAAUGAUUGGAACUUUUGAGCAGGUUUGUUUCCUGUCAAAUGUUAACCCUUCAACUCCCAAGAUCUGAUUGUUAAUUCUCCCCUCUAGCUGCCACACAUCUCACUGUAAACUACUUAACUAGAAUUUGGUGUUAGAUCACGAUAAAAACUUUUACUUGAUAAGUUUGAGUUUUCUUAUUACCUGUUUGCUGGGUAAUUAAUGGAUAUUAUUGGGAGAAGUUACAAAUCAAUCAAUUCUGGUAGUUAAAGGUUUAACCUAACUCAGUAUUAAUUUCAAAAAGCAAAUCAUACGUUACAGGAUAUUUUUUUUUACUUUUAUUUUUUCUUGUUAUAUUUGUCUCAUUCGUUUUAAUGGAAGCUAGGAGAAAGCUGUGAAUGUUUUGGUAGAGCUAUAGCUAACAAUGAGUUGUACACUUUAGGUAUAUAUGGAUAUUGCAGUUGUUAAAGAAGAAGCAUAUGAGGCGGUAUGUAAAUUUUAGUUGGUUACUAUACUUAACCUAAUGUUUGUUGUAUCAAAAAGUAUAUUUUGCUUGAAAUUUUGAUGAAAUAGCUGAUGAAAAUUAACCUAUUGAUGCAGCAAUUGUUGAUAGGAGGGGUCAAACUUUGAUGGAGGAAAACAGAAAAAACAUCAAAUUAGUUUUCGUUCUUGUUCCAGUCUCUCCUCCCUCCCCACCCCCCUUCUUGUGACCCUUCCUCUUAAUGUGCCACUAACAGGGGGUAUAUAGCUUGUCUUGUCAGAGGGUCUGGGGUUGAAUUCUUCUCGAAGUCUCAAAUUUUUCUUUGUCUCUCCUGUGUGACAAGUGAAAUUUUGAAUCUCUCUUUGUAGCUUGCUCAAAUUUUUUGUUUUUUUUAAUUAUUGUUUUCCUUUUUAAUAUCACUGCAUCUGCUGUACAAAUUUCUCUUAAUGAAUCUCUUGAAACAUGUUACUUUUUUCAAUGCCCAGAAAACCACACAUCUCGAACUGAAACCAGCCAGUAUGUUAAGUGCUGUUGCAAGUUUAACACCAUUUUCAGAUCACAACCAAAGUCCCCGUAACAUGUACCAAUGUCAGGUAAGUGAAACAGAAAUGGUUUGAUGGACUUUUGGCUGAUGAUCUGCACCCUGGCCAGGCCAAAAAAGACAUGAAGUCUCAUUCUAGCUUGCCUAUCUGUUAGUUUUGUGUGCGCUUUAGACACAGGUAGCCUUAACUGGCUGAAUGAGCCUACUUAGAUAUGCAAAUAUGUUUAUGUUGUGCAAUUGCAGAAAUAUAAAAAUUUUUUGGGGGUUAAAUGGUUGCAUUUGUAACCUUAAAAUUAGCUUUUAAUUAAAACAAAGUUACCUCACUUUUGUUCAUACCUUUACAUUGUUUGAGUGUUCUGGGCUAAUUCAUCUCCUUUGCUCUGUAGGAAAUGAUAUAUCUUGGACAAAGCAAAUGAGUUUAACGCCAUAGGAGAUGCUAUCAACACAUAUAGAAUUCCUACAUAGUUCAUUUAUCUUUCGUCCUUUUUUUCUUGUUUCCAAGAUGGGGAAGCAAACAAUGGGAACACCAGCGCAAGCAUUGAAAUAUCGCAGUGAUAACAAACUAUACAGAAUACAGGUAUUGAAAGGGCUUGGUUUCUUCAGAGCUAAUUAGACAGGCUGUGACUCAGUUAGGUUUUUAUCAGGGCAUUGUGACGUAGUGUCUAAUUAGUAUUCAUUUCCUCUGAGAUGGUUGGUCUGGAAAAAUUGCUUCACCUUCCAAACUUAUCAAUUGUGUUAACAAUUAACCACAUGGAAGUUCAUCACUUGGGUUUUCCUGUGCAGGUAGUUUGGUUAGUAGUUAAAACUUUGGCCAAUUUACAGCUAACGGUUAAUAAUCAUUCCACUGUGGUCACCAGAAAGUUUUUUUACAGUUAACCUCUUUAACGACUAACCGUUAAAAUUUUUCAAUUUUACACUUAAUGGCUAAAUGUUUUGGCCGUUUUACAGGUAACAGUUAACCCCGUUAAGACCCUCUGAAAAAGUGGGUUAAGAUGAAAAGUGCCUUAAGCAAACUCUUUGUAAAAAUAGCUCAGCUAAACUCAAAGAAUAUUGUGUAUAUUCCUUUACAUCAGACUCCACAGAGUCCUUUGGUACGACCAGUUGCUCAUGAUGAGUUAUCUGUUGACAACUAUGCCCUAGGAACAAAUGCUGUGGUAGCUGUUAUCUCCUACACGGUUUGUGAAAUAAGGUCGUAACAUUUUAGAAUAAAACAGGUACAAAUUGUCUAUUUACCCUCUCGUAAUUGCAGCAUUGUCCAGAGCACAAAGAGCAUUUGAUUAUUCAGACAUCAACUGUUUAUCCUUAAAUCUUUUCCCACUUAAUCCUUUAAUUAGUAUUGAUAUUCUCUACAAUGAUCUCUCUACAUUUCUGGUGUUAAUGACAAGGAGAAUCUGUUUGACAAUCAGGAGCUUCAUAAAUAGGUGAUCACAUCCUUUAAGGAGAAAUCAGAAGCCAGUCACUCUUAGGAUUGAAGAGUUAAUUAUGUUUUUUUUCAAGGGUUAUGACAUGGAGGAUGCCAUGAUACUCAAUAAAUCAUCUUAUGAGCGUGGAUUUGCCCAUGGCUCUGUUAUCAAGUGUGAGGUUUGUACCAUGUAUGAGCUUUAUCAAUCUUUCAUAUUUUUACAUUUUUACAGAGGCUUGUGAAUUCAUAUUGACUAUCUAUUCAUGUUUUAACAGAUCAUCGAUCUUAAGAAAGUUCCAGGAAAUGAGUUCCAAGUUUCAAGCGUCAGAUUUGGUGAGAAUUUUCCUCACAUAAUUGUGAAAAUAAACUCACCAAACAGCCCAAUUUAUCGAAUGUCAUGUCUCUGUUGUCUUUUUGUUGUUGUUUUGCUGUUUUGUGGUUUUUUUUUUGAUAGUGAUUGGUUGGGUUUUCAAAAGCCAUCAUUUACUUUUCUUUUUCCAGUUAAACUUAGAGACUAAGAGGCCUCUGAGUGUUUUCCUUUGCCACUGGAAAGCAAGAAAUAGCUUUGUACAUCUGUGGCCACAUGUCAUAUCUUUUUUCACUCUUUUUGCCACUCUCAUUUUUUACAAACGAUUUGUUUUUUCUAAGGCUGCCUUCCUGAUGAUGAACGAGUUCAAGGAUUUCUCGACAGUGAUGGUCUUCCACCAAUUGGAGCAAAGCUGGAGACAGGAGACCCAUAUUAUUGGUAAGAAACUUGUAUUACUGGUAAGAAAUCUGUAUAAUCAGUUAGAAAACUUUGAUCAUAGUAGUGCAAAACCUGCAUUAGUUGUUAAAAACGUGAUGCAUUCUAGGUAUCAGUCCUGUAUUAAUAGCACGAGACUUAGUGAACAUCUAUAAUGUAAGACUUGAGUCUCCAUUGUUUAUGUGAAUCUUCAUAUUAGCCGUGUGCUUAUAAAGUCAUUGCUGUGAGUUUGCAUGGUUCAUUCCCUGCUUCUGUAAUUGGCAACAAAUCUUUACAAGAGCAGUCAUAGUUUUUGUUGAUUAAUGAAGACUUUGAUUGGCACAAAAUCCCAUUUUAAACUUCGACUACGUGUGAACCAAGCCAAGAAUCUCCUAACGCUGGACGCAUGUUGUUAUUGAUAUUGUAUCCCGUAACAUUGUUUAAAUUUCACACCUUGCUGUGUGAUGACUAGUAAGUGAUGACAUCAUAUUAUGCGUGUCAUCUGAUUGCCUUGGGGUAAAACAUCACUUGAUCUCAACCCUUGUUUUAUUGGUUGUUACUCAUGUGACGUCAUUGCUCUCUGUCAAUUUGAUAAAAUUGCAAGUCUGAUACUGGUCAUACGUAAGCUUCAUUCCCAGCAUAAUAUCGGUUAUAUUUUCUUUACUUAUAACGUAUUGACAUAGGUAUGUAAAUUAUACCUUUCGAGUUAAAACGGCUUUUAAUUUUAAAAAAAUGAGACUGAAGGAUAGAUUUAGUUUAAAUGCAGCCCUUGUUAGUGGCUGUUUUCCAAUCCACUGACUUUUUUUCUUGUUAUAGUUUUAUUGAAGACAACAUUGGACAAGCAGUCAUCCAGAAAUACAACAGCUUAGAAAGCGCGAUUGUUGAAGAUGUAAGCACAGUUGUAAACUUCCCUGCUGUUUUUAAUUUCCUGCUAUGUGCAAAUUGCAAUUGAGCUGGUCGGUUGUAACAGUUUUGUUCGUUUUUCUCUGUAUAUAGGUAAAAGUUCUUGGAAAUGAUGAAGGGACGGGUUUGCUCCAAAAAGCUUCAAUUAAAUUGAGAAUACAGGUAUGAUCUGUACUCCUGAAUAACAUUUAUUUAUGUUGGGGGAGCAGAGAUAAGACAGAGGUGAGAGCACUCUCCUCCCUGGUAUCCUCUGGUACCCUCCUACUCUUACUUGAAAUUCUGAGUAUAAGAUCACGGACCUUUACUGGUUGACAUGAACUUCUAUUUUUAGAGAAAUCCAAUCAUUGGAGACAAGUUCUCAAGUCGUCAUGGACAGAAAGGGAUUUGUAGGUAGGUACUUAGGUUAUAAGAACUAAUUGAUCCGGUUGUUUGCGGCUCAGGCGUCAUAACAAAAGCCGGUUACUGACGUUGUACCACCGCCUAAAACGAUAACACCUCCUACCGCUGUCCCUUGAGCCUGUGAGUAGGUUCACAAACAAACGUUAAUGAAACCCCUUGGGCAGCUUUAGAUGCUGCAUUAGCCACACAAGGCUUGUCCCUUCUAUUAAUAAUGUACUUCAAAAUUUGUGUUUGGCCGUGAAUAUCAACCUGUAUUGCGAAGGUGUGGCCAAACAGCAUACCAUCUUCUUCGUGAAUUCGCCUCGUUUUAUCCUGAGGAAGGUUUCCUGUAUUUAUUGAAGAAAAAAUAAAAAUAACUUAAAGCGCGAUAACCGAGAAACCGUUGAAAUGAUUCAUUUCUUUUUUUCUCUUUUAGCCAAAAGUGGCCUGUUGAGAACAUGCCUUUCACAGAGUCUGGAAUGACGCCAGAUAUUAUAUUCAAUCCUCACGGCUUCCCUUCACGUAUGACAAUUGGUAUGUAGACCUUCUCACUUCACUUUACAGACCCUCUUUUUUAGUUCAGGUGGUUAUAAACUUUGCCAAUCAUCCUUGGUGGUUAGCAGUUAUAACAGCAAAUAGGUUUGUCCGCAAAGAAAUACUGUCAUGAUUAUCACGAUUAAGUGAUAGAGCAAUUUUCAAUUGAGAGUUGAAAGUUAUCCGGGAUUGCAUUAGUUUUGCUUUACGUUGCUGUGUGAUUGGUCCAGAAAAGUCACACCACCCUCUCAACCAAUCAAAUGCAAAACAAACACCAAUCGAAAAUUAGUCACCCGUUUUUCCCGCGCUUCAGGCAGUUUAACUGUUUUCAUGUUGAGUUUUCAUUGGCUCUCAAAGGUGUUUUCCUCUCUUCUGAUUGGCUGUUGUAAUUACUUUGGUGUUGGUUUUACGAAAUUCGAAUGAAACGUGCUCUUAUUGUUAAAACAUGCUUUGACUCUUUUUGUUAGGUAUGAUGAUUGAGAGUAUGGCGGGAAAAUCAGCCAGCCUCGAUGGAUUGGCCUACGAUGCUACACCAUUCACUUUCUCAGAAGAUAAUCCCGCCAUCACAUACUUCGGAAAUCUCUUAAAAAAAUGUUUGUAAACUCUUGUUUGCUUUUAUGAUAUAUUUAUUUUUUUUCAAGGUAUUAAAUUUUUGAAAAAACACCAGCUUGUUAAGUGAAUUUAUUAUGGUUCCAUGUACAUAAUGACAGAAAAAUGAUGACCAAUCUUCAAGUUUUCAUCGUACUACCGUUCAAUUCUUGAUCUAUCUUCCAGCCGGUUACAAUUACUAUGGUACGGAGCGGAUGUACAGUGGCGUCGAUGGUAGAGAAUUUGAAGCAGAUAUCUUUUUUGGAGUUGUUUACUAUCAGCGUCUCAGGCACAUGGUAGCUGACAAGUAUCAGGUAAUUUAUUCCCCUCCCACCCACCCAUCCGUCUUAUACUUGAUUCUUGUCUCACUUUGUAUCAAAACGUUUCCAACCAGUGUAUGAUGACAAACUAUUAUGCGUGUCAUCUGAUUGGCUCUAACAGCGGUGUGACGUGAUUUUAGCCAGUGUUUUAUUGGUUAAGAUCCACAAAUACGGCUAGUUAGCGGUCAACUUGAUAAAAAAUAAAGUCUGACACUGGCGUACCAUCUCAGUCAAUAAGCAAUUUAUCAUUGGACCGUGGGUCUUUCGAGUUCUUAGGGCCUUGUUCGCAACUUUAUUUUAGGCUUUUGGAUAAGAAUUUCACCGUCUAAAAACAUCAGUAAUAUAUAGAUUUAGCCAAGCCUAAAAGCGGAGAUCGCAAUUUUUUUUCCCGCACGUCUCAAGGGCACAACGCCUUGCCCCGGCCAGGACUAGAACCCGGGUCGUCCGACUCGGAGCCCAUUGCCCUGACCACUGGACUACUGAACAAAGCCGUGGCGAUGGCGUGCCCGCGGUACAGUUGACCACGCAUGUUAAAAGUAGUACCUUGUACGAUCGUACGGUCGUACAUCCAAAUUUUUUCGGCUUGAUGGGUUACUACUAUUUUGUAUGAUUAUGGGGCUACGCUCUGCGAGCUCCGCUAUUAAGUGACGUCAUUAUUUUUAUAUGGCUAUUCAAUUCUUUCCUCUUUAUACAGGUCCGGACAACAGGUCCUAUUGACAUACUCACGCACCAGCCUAUUCAGGUAACAGCAUAUUUUGCUAACAGGGCUCUUGACAAUGUACUUACCAGUAUGUGAUGACAUCACUUAUGCGUGUCAUCUGAUUGGCUGUGGACAAUGUGUUACAUGGUCUCAGCUGGUGUUUUAUUGGUUGUUACUGUGGGACACUGUGUUCCUAGGCCAAAGUGAUAACGCUUAUACUCUGAUGCUGGUGCAGAUGUGAGUGGAAAGAGUGUAUUAUCUACUAAUCUCAAAACCGUCUCAGAGAGCUUAAACGUAGAGAGGAAAAUCUUACUUGAGGGGGGAGGGGUGGGUGUCUUGUCAGAGCCAAAAUUGCAAGAAAUGUGUGAGAGAAUGGUGAAUUUUCAAACACAUUGCAAAUGACAAACUAAAAGUAUUCAGGCUGAAUGGUUUCAAUAAACACAAACUGUUACGUGGCUUUUCCAGGAAAUACAAUAAGAGGUAGACAAGGAAAAAGGUCGCUUAACCAGCGUAAUUGUUUGCUUCACAAACUUUAUAUUCAAUCGUAUCAGAAAUACCCUCCUACUCUUACUUGAAAUUCGGAGUAUAAGAUCACGGACCUUUACUGUCGUUCAGCCGUGUUUUCGUUCCAUCACUUUAAGUUCGAAUUCUCCUCUCUUGCUGACAAGCUUGUCGAAGUUUAUCCUUGUAAACUUCUACCAACGCUGCGUUCUUUUCCGAGUUAAGUUCGUUCAUCCCUCAAUGGAUGGUCAUAUCGUAUUAUCAAACAUUGGGCUAAGUAUUAUUUGUCUAACAGUAGGUAUGUUUCCAUCUUGUAGGGUCGCAAAAGACAGGGAGGUAUUCGGUUUGGAGAAAUGGAAAGAGACGCAUUGCUUGCACACGGUGCUUCCUACCUAUUACAAGAUCGCCUCAUGAACUGCUCAGACAGGACAGUGGUGAGAAUUGCAGUCGGAUCAGUUUUCCUUGACAGUGUAGAUAAAAACAUUUGAUCAAUGUUUCCCUGUAAAUUCUUCCUGUUCGAAUCUGACAGGUGUUUGUCACGGUUUCCUUGCUAGGAAUUUGCUAGUGUAGAUCUUUUGACAAGGAUUAUUAUUGGUCAUGGAAAUUGUACAGGGUGAAACUGACGUUGAUUAGUGAUUCGUUGCCUGUGGAAUGUGGAAUGGAAUAAAAAAUCUAUAGAGUUUAAGGGUUUAGGCAAUGAACAAAAACUGUUUUCUGUUCAAAUUUAACUUUAUAUUGCUGUUUACAAAGUAUCGACUUUCAUUCCUGUAAGUAAUUGAGGUGUCUCCGUAUUAGUCACCAGUUCCCUGUAAAAUCUCGCCUUUUAACGCCAGUCAGUUAAUCUGUUUGUUCUGUUUCUCCCUUCCUUCUUUCUAGGGUCAUGUAUGUACAAAAUGUGGUAGCAUACUCUCUCCUCUCCUGGAAAAACCCGCGGAUGAGCUGGCAGCUGCGGCUGCGCACAGGAAGAGGAAGUGGAUUUGUAAAGUUUGUGAGAGCAGCGAGCAUAUUCAGUUGUUAGCCUUUCCUUAUGUCUUCCGAUAUCUUGUUGCCGAGUUAGCGGGAAUGAACAUCAAGACGUGUUUACAAGUAAAGAAAGUUGGAACGUAA